GGAUAUCAGGAAGCGAUGCGUUAUGAGAACAUCUCAUCUACUACCAGCAAUGAACCUGCAGAAAUCGCUUGCACCAGAAGAUAGGCAGGUGUUGGCUUCUCUCAUACGAUGGGAGCAGAGCAGUUCAGCGCCUGCGUGCAAGGAUCCACCCUGUGCCCCGUGAGCAGCCAAUGGAGAAGCCCUGCUCCAUACUCGCCAUGGGCACCUGCAGACCUCGGAGAACAAAGGUAUUUCCCAGAAGCUGUCGGAAUACGAAUGUCGUUAAUUAAAAUGGAAAAAGCCGUCAUGAAAGUGGAGCAAAAGGUAGUGAAAUAGGAAGGGUUAUUUAGUGGUCCCAAUGUGCUGGGCAUGACAUGCGCUCGUGUUAAAGGAUGAUGCUCGGCCUGAAGAGUCUGCACUCUGCUUCGACUACUAAUUCAAGAGAAAAGUCAUCAAAGGGAUGAGAGACCUCGGGUCACACAGCAGGGUCAGGAGGUUAAAACCAUUGAUGAGGACUCUCCGUCGGAUAGGUCUGCAUUUCUUCUCGUCCCAUUGUCUGCUGCUGGCGCUGAGGAGGAUGACGUGUUCGCGGAUUGGCAUUGAGGUUUCCAUGGCUGAUCAAUUUGCAGUGAAGCUGAGCAAAGGAGGAGGAACCCUGGCUUUGACUCAGGAUAACCCGGUGCCACCGUGGGAAACACAGGCUGAGCUUUUCUCUACACCGGGAACCACCAGACAGGUUUGGGUGUGUGGGAAGAGGCCAGCAACUGAGAGAGGUCAAAACCAUGUGAGGGACGUUGCCGGGGCACAGGACACGCACAGGGGACACAAAGUUUGCCUUUCCCAGCAUGGAUCAGAGGAAGAACUGGCCUCGGGUACCGGACUCCGAUGUCUGGUCGGUGGCUUUGCUCUGUCUCUUCCUGGCAUCGCUCUCCCGAAAUGUGUCCAGCAAUGCCUUGUUCAGCACUUUCCACUCUGAGAACCGGGACUGGACGUUCAACCACCUGACUGUCCACCAAGGCACCGGAGCAGUCUAUGUUGGAGCCAUCAACCGGGUUUACAAGCUUUCGGGUAACCUGACCAUUUUGGUGGCUCAUAAAACUGGUCCUGAGGAGGACAAUAAAUCCUGCUACCCACCCCUCAUUGUCCAGCCGUGCAGCGAGAUCCUCACCCUUACCAACAACGUCAACAAGCUGCUGAUCAUCGACUACUCCGAGAACCGGCUGCUCGCUUGUGGCAGCCUGUACCAGGGGGUCUGCAAGCUGCUGCGCCUGGAUGACCUCUUCAUCUUGGUAGAGCCCUCGCACAAAAAGGAGCACUACCUCUCCAGUGUCAACAAGACCGGCACAAUGUAUGGUGUGAUCGUGCGCUCGGAAGGUGAAGAUGGGAAGCUCUUCAUUGGCACAGCGGUGGAUGGCAAGCAGGAUUAUUUCCCCACCCUCUCCAGCCGCAAACUCCCCCGGGACCCAGAGUCAUCAGCAAUGUUGGAUUAUGAGCUUCACAGUGACUUUGUCUCAUCCCUCAUCAAAAUCCCCUCAGAUACCUUGGCCCUUGUUUCGCACUUUGAUAUCUUCUACAUCUAUGGCUUUGCCAGCGGCAACUUUGUCUAUUUUUUGACUGUCCAGCCAGAGACCCCCGAGGGUGUCUCCAUCAACUCCGCCAGCGAUCUCUUUUACACGUCUCGCAUUGUCCGCCUCUGCAAAGAUGACCCCAAGUUCCACUCCUAUGUCUCGCUGCCCUUUGGCUGCGUCAAGGGGGACACGGAGUACCGCCUCCUGCAAGCAGCGUACCUCUCCAAGCCUGGAGACGUGCUGGCCAGGUCCCUCAAUAUCACGGCCCAGGAGGAUGUCCUCUUUGCCAUUUUCUCCAAAGGACAGAAGCAGUACCAUCAGCCACCCGACGACUCUGCGCUCUGCGUCUUCCCCAUCCGCACCAUCAACGCUCAGAUCAAGGACCGCCUGCAGUCCUGCUACCAAGGGGAAGGCAACCUGGAGCUCAACUGGCUGCUGGGGAAGGACGUCCAGUGCACUAAAGCGCCAGUCCCCAUCGAUGACAAUUUCUGCGGGCUCGACAUCAACCAGCCCCUGGGAGGCUCGACGCCGGUGGAUGGAGUGACGCUCUACACCUCCAGCCGGGACCGGAUGACUUCUGUUGCCUCCUACGUCUACAAUGGCUACAGCGUGGUGUUCGUGGGGACUAAGACUGGCAAACUGAAGAAGAUCCGAGCAGAUGGGCCUCCCCAUGGUGGAAUUCAGUAUGAAAUGGUGACAGUUUUCAAGGACGGGAGCCCAGUCCUUCGAGACAUGGCCUUCUCCAUCGAUCACAAGUAUCUAUACGUCAUGUCAGAGCGACAGGUGUCCCGGGUGCCUGUGGAGUCCUGCGAGCAGUACACGACCUGCGGAGAGUGCCUGAGCUCCGGAGACCCCCACUGCGGCUGGUGCGCACUCCACCACAUGUGCUCCCCGAGGGACAGCUGCGAGCGAGCCGACGAGCCGUACCGAUUUGCGGGCAGCAUCAACCAGUGCCUGAGAGUCACCGUGCAACCCAGCAGCAUCUCUGUCUCCGAGCACAGCCUCCCGCUCAGCCUGCUGGUGAGCGACGCUCCAGACCUGACCGCGGGGGUCACCUGCCUCUUCGGAAACCUGACGGAGGUGGAAGGGCAGGUUGCGGGCAGCCGGGUUGUGUGUGUAUCGCCAGGAGCGAAAGAUGUUCCUGCCAUCCCAGUGGAUCAGGACUGGUUCGGCGUGGUGCUGCAGCUGAAGUCGCGGGAGACGGGGAGGACCUUUGUCAGCACGGAGUUCAAGUUCUACAACUGCAGCGCCCACCAGCUGUGCCUGUCUUGUGUGAACAGUGCUUUCCGCUGCCACUGGUGCAAGUAUCGGAACCUCUGCACUCAUGACCCCACCACGUGCUCCUUUCAGGAGGGACGGAUCAACGUCUCCGAGGACUGUCCCCAGCUCUUCCCCACAGAGGAGAUCCUGAUCCCGGUGGGAGAGGUGAAACCCAUCACGCUGAAGGCAAGGAACCUGCCCCAGCCACAGUCCGGCCAGCGCGGGUACGAGUGUGUUCUCAGCAUCCAGGGCGUGAUCCACCGCGUGCCUGCCCUGCGCUUCAACAGCUCCAGCGUCCAGUGCCAGAACAGCUCGUAUCUCUAUGAUGGGAUGGACAUAAGCAACUUAGCAGUGGACUUUGCUGUGGUUUGGAAUGGGAACUUUGUUAUUGACAACCCCGAGGACAUGAAAGUGCACCUCUACAAGUGCGCAGCCCAGCGCGAGAGCUGCGGGCUCUGCCUGAAAGCCGACCCCAAGUUCGAGUGCGGCUGGUGUAGCGGCGAGGCCAAGUGCACGCUGCGGCAGCACUGCAGCUCGCCCUCCGCCCAGCCCUGGCUCGACUGGUCCAGCAGGAACGUCAAGUGCUCCAACCCUCGCAUCACUGAGAUCCUGACCGUGUCAGGCCCCCCAGAAGGAGGGACGAGAGUGACCAUCCGUGGCGUCAACCUGGGCCUGGAUUUCUCCGAGAUCGCCCACGGGGUGCAGGUUGCUGGGGUGCAGUGCACACCCCUGCCCGACCAGUACGUCGUCGCUGAACAGAUCGUCUGUGAAAUGGGGCAGGCGCUUCCAGGGAUCAGCUCCGGCCCAGUGCUCCUGUGCAUCGGAGAGUGCAAGCCGGAGUUCACGGCCAAGUCCACGCAGCAGUACGUGUUUGUGACUCCGGUGGUGAGCUUCCUGAACCCCAGCCGUGGUCCAGAGUCGGGAGGGACGAUGGUGACCAUCUCCGGGCACUACUUGGGAGCUGGCAGCCGUGUGUCCGUGCUCCUGGGGAACCAGACCUGCGAGUUCUACGGGCGAUCCAUGAACGAGAUUGUCUGUGUGUCGGCCCCAUCAGCCCAUGGCCUGGGGGCUGUUCACGUCUCUGUCAGCGUCGACCGGGCUCAGCUCGAGCAGACUUUGCUGUUUGAGUACAUCGAUGACCCGAAGGUGCAACACAUCGAACCCGAGUGGAGCAUCGCCAGCGGAUACACACCUCUGACCAUCACCGGCUCCAACCUGGAUGUCAUCCAGGAGCCGAGGAUCCGCGUCAAGUACAAUGGCAAGGAGUUUGUCAAUGUGUGCAAGGCGGUGAACGCCACGGCGCUGGCCUGCCUGGCACCUCCGCUCACCGCCGAGUACCGGCCCGGCUUGGAUGCCGUUGAGCGGCCGGAUGAGUUUGGGUUUAUCUUUAACAACGUGCAGUCCCUGCUGGUCUACAACGACACCAAGUUUAUAUACUACCCCAACCCAACGUUUGAACUUCUGAGCCCGACCGGGGUGCUGGAGCAGAAGCCGGGGUCACCCAUCAUCCUGAAGGGCAGAAACCUGUGCCCACCUGCUCCUGGAGGAGCAAAGCUCAACUACACUGUGCUGAUUGGAGAAACGCCCUGUGCCGUCACUGUCUCCGAGACCCAACUGCUGUGUGAGCCACCAAAUCUCACCGGACAGCACAAAGUGAUGGUGCGUGUUGGUGGUAUCAUCUUCUCCCCUGGUUCAGUGAGCAUCAUCUCCGAUAGCCUCCUCACCUUGCCAGCCAUCGUCAGCAUCGCGGCCGGGGGCAGCCUGCUUCUCAUCAUCGUUAUCAUCGUCCUCAUCGCCUACAAGCGCAAGUCCCGAGAGAAUGACCUGACCCUCAAGAGGCUGCAGAUGCAGAUGGACAACCUGGAGUCCCGAGUGGCCCUGGAGUGCAAGGAGGCUUUUGCAGAGCUGCAGACGGACAUCAAUGAAUUAACGAGUGACCUGGAUCGCUCUGGGAUCCCGUACCUCGACUAUCGGACGUAUGCCAUGAGGGUCCUCUUCCCCGGCAUCGAGGACCACCCUGUCCUGCGGGAGCUGGAGGUCCAAGGGAACGGGCAGCAGAGCGUGGAGAAGGCCUUGAAGCUCUUUGCUCAGCUGAUCAACAACAAAGUCUUCCUGCUGACCUUCAUCCGAACGCUGGAGAUGCAGCGCAGCUUCUCCAUGCGCGAUCGCGGCAACGUGGCCUCGCUCAUCAUGACGGGUCUGCAAGGCAAGCUGGAGUACGCUACGGACGUGCUGAAGCAGCUGCUCUCUGACCUCAUCGAGAAGAACCUGGAAAACAAGAACCACCCCAAACUGCUGCUGCGCAGGACCGAGUCGGUGGCUGAGAAGAUGCUGACGAACUGGUUUGCCUUCCUCCUCCACAAGUUCCUCAAGGAAUGUGCUGGAGAGCCACUCUUCAUGCUCUACUGUGCCAUCAAGCAACAAAUGGAGAAAGGUCCGAUUGAUGCCAUCACGGGAGAAGCCCGUUACUCCCUCAGUGAGGACAAGCUGAUCCGGCAGCAAAUUGAGUACAAAACUCUGAUCCUAAACUGCGUGAACCCGGAUAAUGAGAACAGUCCAGAGAUCCCCGUGAAGGUGCUCAACUGUGACACCAUCACUCAAGUCAAAGAGAAGAUCCUCGAUGCUGUGUACAAAAACGUCCCAUAUUCUCAAAGACCAAGAGCUGUUGACAUGGAUUUGGAGUGGCGGCAGGGCCGGAUUGCACGCGUGGUCCUGCAGGAUGAAGACAUCACCACCAAGAUCGAAGGAGACUGGAAGCGCUUGAACACCUUGAUGCAUUAUCAGGUAUCGGAUCGCUCCGUUGUGGCUCUCGUUCCCAAGCAGACCUCCUCCUACAAUAUCCCUGCCUCUGCCAGUAUAUCCCGGACGUCGAUUAGUCGAUACGACUCCACCUUCCGCUACACCGGCAGCCCUGACAGCCUCCGCUCCCGGGCCCCCAUGAUCACCCCUGACCUGGAGAGCGGUGUCAAGGUCUGGCACUUGGUCAAAAACCACGACCAUGGAGACCAGAAGGAAGGAGACCGGGGCAGUAAGAUGGUGUCCGAGAUCUACCUGACCAGGCUAUUAGCUACAAAGGGUACGCUGCAGAAAUUUGUGGACGACUUGUUCGAGACGCUGUUCAGCACCGUGCACCGCGGCAGCGCGCUCCCGCUGGCCAUCAAGUAUAUGUUCGAUUUCUUGGAUGAGCAGGCAGAUAAGCAUGGCAUCCACGACACAGAUGUGAGGCACACGUGGAAGAGCAAUUGCCUCCCUCUCCGAUUCUGGGUCAACGUCAUCAAAAACCCCCAGUUCGUGUUUGAUAUCCACAAAGGCAGCAUCACGGACGCCUGCCUCUCUGUUGUGGCUCAGACCUUCAUGGAUUCCUGCUCCACCUCGGAACACCGCCUGGGCAAGGAUUCCCCCUCCAACAAGCUGCUGUACGCCAAGGACAUCCCGAGCUACAAGAGCUGGGUGGAGAGGUAUUAUGCAGACAUCGCCAAGCUUCCCGCCAUCAGUGACCAGGACAUGAAUGCCUACCUCGCUGAGCAGUCGCGCCUGCACUCCAUCGAGUUUAACAUGCUGAGCGCCCUCAACGAGAUCUACUCCUACGUCAGCAAGUACAGCGAGGAGCUCAUCGGGGCUUUGGAGCAGGAUGAACAGGCACGGAGGCAGCGUCUGGCAUAUAAAGUAGAGCAACUUAUUGGUGCCAUGUCUAUCGAGAGCUGAAGAAAGGUUGCGGCGCUCACGGGCGGCAAAGGGCAGAGGAUUGCAUAGACUCUCGGGAAUUAAGAGGGAGAACAAGCAAGGAAGGUGCUGGACACAUAAAUACCAAGGCUCUUCUGGAGGGAGCAGAGCCCAAGGACUGACUGUGUUCAAAAUCAUACGAGAUCUGGGUUGAAAAGGCAGGAAGAGAAAAAGACAAAACAUCUCAAUCAAAGUCAAAUCAAGAUGGAUCAUUUUUUCAAGCGUAUGUGGGAAGAAGGAACCUGGAAAGCCUGGAUGUCUCCACGACUGCUGCUUUGCAUGAAUAUUGUUUGAUGUAUAUUAGAAAAUAAAACUUUAUUUAAAGGGUUUUUUUUUAAAAAAAAAAAAAAAAAAAGGAAAGGAAAAGGAUAAAAAAAAAAAAGAAAUAGAACAAAAACCACAGAGGCCACAGCGAUAAUCCUGGUGACAAGGUUCAGCUCUGAUUCCUGUUCUUGAGAGACUCCAGAGGACGCGGCUCAGGGCGUUCUGUGAACAGACUCUUACACCAAUUGGAAAGUCUGGAAAAGUGAAAUUUUCUUCUCUUUGGGAUCUUCUACAAAAAAAAAAAUACGAGCACAAGUUUGCACCACACCUUUUUACACGAGCAAAAUAGCAGUUUAGCCAGAAGAUAGCUCCGUGGCUGAGUAACCUAUAGGCACGAGAAGGAACUUUACCCGAAUUGCAAAACCAUCGGAUCAUCCAACCUGUCUUGAAAUCCAGCUUUAUCGAUGUAUUUAUAUAGUGUCAAUAUAUAUAUAUUUUUUAAAUCCCAUUUACUGUUGAACGAGGAAAGAUCAGAUUUUAAACGCUUUCCCCUUUGCCAGCCUCGCCGGGUGCUGUCGCGGCGAUCUGGGGUGGCCGCGGUCGUGCCCAGUGGCGUCCAGUGCGUUGCCGAUUCCUGCAGGUCCAGAAGCGAGGAUGAAGCCUCCCGGGUUGCCUUUGGGCGGUGGUUUCUGGCAGCCGCCUCUGGUUUCUUGCAGUACAACCCAACAACCCCCCGAUGUUUACAGUGAGCGAUACUUGAAGAGCCGCGACGUGGCGAGAUGAGGUAGUGGUUGCGUUUCUGUUUGACUUGCAGAGCGGCACACGCUCCCGUCGGGUUUCUGUGCCGGCAUUCACGGCGUCGCCCACAGUCAGGACUUGUGUUUCCACUGGAGAGGGGAAAGAAAUCUUUCCUGUAGGCAAGGGAAAACCUUAACCAGCACUCCAGGGGCCAGCUCGCGCUGCUGUCUUGUCUCCGUCUCCGCGUCUCGUUGUUCUGUUCGGUUCCUCGCUGGCACCGGUUCUUGUGGCCAGCGAGAGGCAAAUGUUUGUGAGUGUUAUUUCUUUCAAAGACACCAAAGCUUAUGUGUGUCCCUUUGUAGAGUGCCAGGAGGGGAAGGAACACUGUAAAUAUUUCUCUCUGUAAUAAAUAUAGAUAUUUGUGCAGGCUGCAGUGGGGAGGACAGGGUGAUCGGGUCUAGGGGAAUCCAAGAAUCGACUGCGUGAGCUUGGCAGGGGCAGCAAAAAAGCUCCCAGUGUCUGCUCAGCCCAGCAGCGCCACGCUGAACUGGGACCUUACUUUGCAGCCAGUGUGUGUCAAAGGAAAAUCCAUGCCCAUCUCCAUCCCCCUCCUCCACCGUUCCUGCCCGGAGGAGCCCAGGAGGUUUGCCGCAGGCUCCCUGCGCGUGGAGAGAGCUGCUGGCUCCUGGUCUUCUUGUAAGCGCAGCACGGAGAAGGGUGUAGAGGAAAACUCAGGAAACUUGUUGGUUUAAUUACCAUUAAGUAAAAGCCAUGCUUCUGCAAGUCCACUCGCUUCUGGUAAUCCACUUCUGUGAGUUUCUCUGGGGCCUAUUAAUGCUUUGGAAGAAAAUACUAAUAAUCGACCUUGUGCAAUAAGUUCUUGACAUUUAGAACAGUCCGAGCUUUGUAACUGGAGGGCUCAGAUUUACUGAGACACAGAGAGCUGGCAGAAAGAGAGACUGAGAAGCAGAGUGGGAUUCAUCCUGCCCGUUACUGGGAGAGUUGCCUUCCCAGGGAUCCUUCUCCUGCACAGCGAAUCUCAUUUUAAAGACAGAAAGUGUGCAAAUGUCCAGGUUGUGCUAUUGGAGUCGGGUGAAGCAGCUGUGGUUGCAGCAGCUGCCUGCUGGGAUGUUAUAGGGGUGGAGUGUCAGGUUUUGAGAUCCUCCAGGUCUCAUUUUUCACUGGUUUCUGGCACUGGUAUUUGCAGCGAUGCGCACGCAGCUUAUGGGAGUGAUUUCCAGAUCUAUGUUUUAGUUGUGGUUGUUGGUUUGGGUGUUCAUACUCAGAUCGUUCACCAAAUACUUAUGGUACUCCGAAACCCAAAGAGAGCAGUCCAAGUGAUUCUAAGAACUUAUAAAUAUUUGAGCGGUUAUUUCUGCAGGAUUGACUAAAUAUGAAUACUGCCCAAAGAAAAGACUUGGCUUGUCAUCACCUGGGUGCUGGGGAAUAUACGCUUGCCCUUCAGCCCUAGCCAGGCCCUCGUGGUCCUCUUUUCUUCCCAUCUAUUUGAGAGGCUUCUGCAGAGCUGCUUUUAAGCCUGUUUUCCUCCUCCUGCUCUCUACUUUCUGGCCAGGAACACCCCAUAGGCAAACAUUUUGUCAUUCCCCCUUCCCCUGUAUUUUCUCAGUGAGGGUGGAGGUCUCCGACCAUCCCCUGGGUCCUCCAGCAAUGGGUUUCUUGGGCAGUGCUGAGGGUGGGUAGUGUAGCACCCAGAAACAAUGCUGGUGACCAAUCUCUUCUCCAUGUCCUGCAUGUUCCCACACGGGCAGGUGGUGGGAGAGGUGGCAAACAGGACUUCUCCAGGCUUGAGAUAUUCGCUGCGUGGCACGAUGGGCCACCAGCCUUGCUCAGCUGCUUUGCCUGUAGCAAGUUGUCUGCCUCCCUGCAGGGGGAGAAUGGCCCGUAAACUGGGAUUAUCUGGGAAAGUAAAGAUCAGGUGAGAGAGAAAAAUACUUGCAGAGCCCAGAGGGAUUGGUUUGUGAGCAAAGAUUAAAAGAAUCCAGCGUGUCCAAGCUGGCUAAGCAUGGGGUCUGUAUUCCAUGAAUACACCAGAGCUCUAAGGAGAGAAGGGGACAACUGAGUUGAUUUUCUGUGCUGUGCGAGGGAGUUGGGGAGUGGAGGAAAGGGAAAGAAGCAGGAGCACUUUGCAAACCACUAAGCUAUUAGACUUUUGACUGACCUCCACGGGAGUCAGCAGAAACAUCUCUGUUGCCAUCACCCGAAAAGGCGUUGGGCGGAUGGCGUAGGGAAUAGCACGGAGCUGCUCGGAAGGAGUGGCCUAUAGGUAACCUGCUAAGUGUCUGCUCGUGGUGGUUGACGUGAAUUAUGGAUCUUUACAGGCAGUUAUAGGGAAUGAAGCAACAUAUCCCCCUGGGGCAAAGCGCUUGUAAUCUAUUGCCCUGUUUGCGUCCAACUUUUUGGUUUCUCCUUUGGGAAGAGGAAGCCGCAGAUCUCAAAAUGGCAUUUUCUUUGCACUUGCAGCAAACUGGACUUGAGGUUUGGUUAGGAGGGGGCAGUGAGUUUGCCUUAGAUGAAACGAUUUCACAUCCCUCUCAUUGCCUCCUUCCUCCUGCAAAGCCGGUUGGUGUUUUGAUUCUCCAGUUCACUUCGGUUUAGGUAUUUCGGCAUCAAAGUGGGAGACGUCAUUUCACGGAAUUUCUCUGCCUGGUGUCACUGCUUAAAUAAUUCCAUUUAAUCUUCUGCUCAUGAGCUAUCAAAGCGCCCACUCCAAGAGGGAGCAAGGUGCUAAUCAAAUGCUUCUCCACUUUGAAAGCCUUUAUUUUAAACCCAUCUUCAAGAGUCUAACUUACAGGCAAGCUUGUCUCCGCGUGAGCCCCACUGUGGAGCACCCCAGCGCCGCAGCCCACCAAAGUACAGAGGAUGUGGACAUCAAAUGCUACAUAUUUUGCCAUAAAGGAUGGAUUUAUAUUUAAAGGGAGGUGGGAGAGAUCAGCACAGCCAAAGUGCUGGAGGCCCUGUGGGAUCCAGCAUGGACCAGUCCACAGCUGCGUGAAGACCCACCACAGGAACCGGUGCUGAGAAAUAAAACCACUGCUACAGCCUCGCUGUUGGUGGGCAGCAGGUGUUGGGCAGGUUUAUCCUAAAGGAGGCUGGACGCAGCCGUGCCGGACGGUGGUGCCUUCCCACAGGGUCUCAGUGGUGUGACGCAGAGAGGAUGGUGAGUGCAGCCACCUGACGUGGUGGCAACAGAGACCUUCAUCACAGCAGUGCCUUCAACACACUGUCUUAAAAUCCUAACGGCCCGUCCCCACGUAAGUUCUCGCUCCUACCUUCAACUCGACUUCACCAAAAAUGUCGUAAUGUAGGAAACGAUUUAGGUGGGCACGUGGAGGACAAAAGCAAGAGGACUUAAAGCUCUGGAGCUGCGUUCCUGCACGCUGUUGACUCCGUGCGAGUUAUUUCAUUCUGCAUGGAAAGGGUCAGAGCACUUCCCUUCCCUGGUGGGCACAACCUACAAACAAGGUCUUAAUUCCAGAAGUCCCAAGGGAUGAGGAGCACCGACCUGCCUGCUGCCCUUGCCCUGUCCCCGGGCUGGCAAAGGGCAGAGCAGCUCCCAGCACCGUCCCUGUGAUGCUCCUGUCCAAGCCCGUGCCUCACGCCUGCUCCCUGGCAGCAGCCCAGCCACCUUCUCGCCUGUCACGGGGACUCGGCUCGCCAAACUAAAUGAAACUAAAAUAGACUGACUUGGAUAAGCUGGGACAUCAGGGAAAGCUCACGAGUGACUGUGCCCUGGAGAGAAGAACAAAUGUUCAGAGGCUAAAUGACUGACAUCAAAGAUGCAUUAAGGUGCCACAAAGCUUCAGCCAUCCUGUUUCAGAAUUUGUACGAUAAACCGCAAGCCAAUAACGCAGGGAGCUGCGACCUUGUAUAUAGUUGCGUACUCGGUAGAGCUAGAUGAGCAGUCCCGUCUCUUUAGUGAAUGUGUCUUCAGUGGAAACUCCCGCAUCACCCCAGCCUUCGCCCAGGGCCACCAAAACCAGUGGCUUGGAGGCCAAAGGCAAAGCGUUGGGGAUGGCCACCCAGCACCUGUGUGGACAGGAUGCCUUUGGGUUUUUAGAAUUAGAUAUCCAGUGGGGAAAUGAUCAGAGUCAAAGAUCUAAUGUGCGCCUCAAAGAAGGCGCAAUUCAGGAUCUGCUGGGCUGAGCGACCCUGAACGUGCAAUUCCAAUGUGGGCUGGUCCGAGGAGGUUCAAAGGGGAAGAGGAUGGGAGUCUUCAAACCCAUUUUUGUCUCCUGGAAGGCGUCUUGCUGCUGCGGUUGCACGGGAAGUGGCUCAAACACAGCUGAAGGUGUUUUGCCGUGCUGUGAGCGCGGUGGUGUCUGUGUGCUUGUUCUUUCAGAUCCCCCCUUUGCCCUCGUGUUACCCAUUCUUCUCCCUUCUCUGUAAAAGUGGAACAGAAUACUGAAAAAAAAAAAUAGACAUUCCUGCAGCACGUGAGAAAGUGCUCAAAAGACCUGCAGGUUCUGUCCAACGGCACGGAUAACAUCCUUAACUCCCUGGGCCUCCCGAGGCUCCCAAAUCAAAUGCGACAUCUCCUGUACGGCCUUUCCUUGGAGAUUUUGAAUACCUCUAUUUCGAUAAGCUUGGAAGUUGAUGCAGCAGCUUCUCUAUCCGAUGUUCCCAUCUCACAGAAAGGUGCAAGAGGAGCCGACGGAACGUGAAAGCGCUGAUGAGCUCAUUUUGCCUUCUUUUUUCACAGCUUCAGAAGAUACUGCGGUAAAACAUCCUUCUCUUCUUGAUGAGUGUCCCCAUGUUAAUGGCACCGUGGGGGUCGAUACGAGAAGAAGCAAAGAGGGAGGGAAUGUACAGGUACUAAAACUUCUGGAGUCCCCCACAACAUCACAGAAUGUAGAGAUAUCAGCCCCGGAACAGAUUCUGAUUCUGCCCUCCUCCUUCCAUAAAUCCAUGCCAGAUUUAGGGGAUUUGUGUAUUGGCAGAAACAAUGAAUUGCUUUGUAUCUGUACCCAUUCUGCCGUAUCGUUCUCUGGCUCCUCUCCUCCCCAUUAUACUUGACACACUGGAGUUCUGUAUUAUAUUUUUUUUAAGAUGAUUGUCUAGGUUUGUUUUGGUUUUUUUUUUUUUUUGUUGUUUUUACAAGUGUUGUGGAAAAAAAAAAUGUAAGAAAGUUUAAGUAUUUAAAAAUGUUCCGAGGGGGAAAAAAAAAAAGGGGGUUUUGUUAUUAUUCUAAUAUAUUAUUGUGUACCUAUUGUAAAUAUGAAACACUCCUAUUUUGCAAGCCAAGGACUCACUUUGUACUGUUGUUAUAUAUAAAUAAA